CUAUAGUACAAACGCGUCGCUCAAAGCCGGCGCACGCGCACUGAUAAACCGCUAUAAAAACUCAUCCCACGUUACACAAACACCACUCUCGCACCGGUAGAAAUGGAGAGCAUUACGAUAAGGCACGGCGACCACGACGACCACGAUGAAAGCCAGGGUGUUAUCGUGGCCAAGGGGGUGUCUAUGGCAGUUCUAUUCUGCGCAUCCAUGCUCUGUGGUAUCGUUCCUAUGUUGCUCGCGAAACGGUUCCGAUGGAUAACUCCAAAUGACGCCGAAAACCUUAAGUCCUCUAAUAGAAUUGUGGCAUCACUUCUCUCGUUUGGAGGAGGAGUUCUAUUGUGUACCACCUUCAUGCACCUUUUGCCAGAAGUGAACCACAACAUCGACCAUCUAGUUGCUGAUGGCUACAUGCAAAAGUUCGACUUUCCUCUAGCUUCUCUACUUAUGUGCAGUGGAUUUUUCAUCAUGUAUCUCGUAGAAGAGUUGGUGCACAUGUACCUAGAUCACAGAGAGAAGAGCAACGGUUCUGUGGCACCUUUGGUUCGAAACCUCAGUAUUAGGAGGAGCAACAGGACUGAAGAAAAAGGCGUACAUAGUGUCACCAAUUCUACAUCAGAUCUCAUUGACCCCUCAUCUAUUACUAAGGGAAAGGACAUCGAAGUCAACACCGCUGACCACAGUCAUGGGCAUAGCCACGCUAAUGGACAUAGUCAUAUGCCCAUCAAUGAUGUGGAUAGCGUAACGGCUGCCCUCCGUGGACUUCUGAUUGUACUUGCCCUGUCUAUACAUGAACUGUUUGAAGGCCUUGCCGUAGGCUUGGAAUCCAGCACAUCAAAUGUAUGGUAUAUGCUUGGAGCGAUUUCUGCACACAAACUUGUCAUAGCCUUUUGCAUUGGUGUAGAGUUAAUUGCAACUCGUACCAAGACUUAUUUGGCCAUCAUUUACAUUACCACAUUUGCCAUAGUAUCUCCACUUGGUAUUGGAAUUGGUAUACUACUGGUUGGGGGAGAGGGAGCCACUGCAGCAGGUUCCUAUUCCGUCAUACUACAAGGCCUGGCGUCUGGAACCUUGCUGUAUGUUAUUUUCUUCGAAAUCUGGAAGAGCGACAGAUCUGGAAUUUUGCAAUACAUUGCUGCAUUGAUCGGCUUCGGUUUGAUGUUCGGAUUACAGUUACUAACUCCUCACACUCAUUCUCAUGGCGGAGAUGGACAUGACCACUCCUCCAAUGAAAACGGAACAGACCAUGGACAUUCACAUGAUUAAAUUGAUAUUUCCGUAAGUCCUAUUCUUAAUUAGCUUAAAUUAUUCGGCUACACCUAAUUAACUCAUUCGUAAUUGGUCUAUCUAAAGGAAAACCGGUGAAUGCUCACAUAAUAAUUAAGAAUAGGAUAGGGCACAAGACUACAUUAUAACAUAAGACCUAUUGGCUACUCUAUAAGGCAACUGUUUACAAUAAUUAAUAAAGUAAAAUAUAUUAUUACUUUUAGAAACCAAAUGUGAACAAAAAAAUAAUAUUAUUAUAUCCCACUAAAAAGUUUUUAGCUCCUACAGCGAGAUUCUAUUGUUGCCAUAUUAAUAUCUUGUCAAAUUUAUUUCAAACAGUCAAAGUAUGGGUUCCAAUAUUGUAUGGAAAUAUUUUUCUUGCAGCCGUUAUGGUAUAAUAUGUUAUAAUAUGAUGGUAUCGUUGCAUAAUACUUAUUAAAGAUUUAAUAUUAUUUUUAUGGAUUUUAUUUACGUAAAGGCAAACUAAUCUUUAAAUACGUAUUAUGGGAACGAAACGAUAAUCUUACUAGUAUUUUUAGAGCAACUACAGGAGAUUUUGUGAAAGUCUGUCUAGUCAGUAACAAUUAUAAUUAAGUUUUACAUUAAUUCUGCAAAUAACGUUCGAUUUGUACAAAUAUUGUCUUUGAAUUUUAAAAGCAAUACAGACUACAUAAUAUUAUUAUUUAAAAAACAAUAUUUAACAUUUAUAAUUUUAUAUAAUUCUGGACUAAUUAGUUCUUAGACGUGUAUAGAGGGAGGCCGAGAUGCUCGCCCACCCAAGAAUGGUUUUGUACUUACCUCCUGGAUGUCGGAUUACUAAUUCGAAAUUCUAGGCUGGAGGACUCCCCUUAUAAAACCUAUGCCAAUGAUUAUCUUAUCCGAACAAAUUAUUUUUAUAUCAAAUGACAAUUUGACACGUUUGCUUUGUGCUCAAACUUUUCUAUGAAUAUUAUUUGAAAUUCAAAGACAAACGAACAGGCGAACUAUCAAGAUUAUAAUAUAAAAGUGAUUAUACUAUGAAAUAACUAAGUACAAUAAUGUUAAGAUAGAAAAGUUAGAUAUUGCAUAUGACUACAAAUAAAUUGUUAAAACGUUAAUCGUUAUAAUAAAAGUCAUUAAUAGUUUUAAAUCUGUGUAAGAUAAUGAUGAUGUGUUCUUCAUAAUAUGUUGUCUAUGAGUUUAAAGUUUAUAGAACAUAUAAUUUUGUCACAAACUUAUAGAAGCAUCGUCUGUGAUAAUUAGUAGAUACUAAGACAAAACCUUUGCAGAAAAUCUUAAUCAUAAUAAUAAAUAAAAACGUAUUAAGUAAUCACAGUUAUUGUUGCAUAGACGAGAAGACUAAAAAUGUCUUUACUUAAAUGUCAAAAGUUUUAUGCCUAACUUUUAUGCCUAAAUACUUAGAAUAGUUUUUACGCCAAGUUUUUUUAUGUAUAUAAUAAAUUAUAUAAAUAUA